AACCGCUGGAGAGAGAGAGAGAGAGAGAGAGAGAUUGUGUGUGAGUGAGAGAGAGAGAGAGAGAGAGAGAGAGGAGGGAACGAGUCUAACUGCAGUCGGUGUCCCGUUCUCGUGCUGAUUGUGAUUCACAGGAAGAUGAAAGUCGUAGCUCGUGCUUAAACACGCGCGUUUUGGAGCAGCGACUUAAACCGAGCCUCAGUCAGGGUGAUGAAUUGGCUGCGGGCUGGAAGUUUGGACGUGGUGGACGGGAGAUGAUCGGACGUGUCCUGAGCUGCUGCGUGUCCUUGUUGCGGUGUUGUGAGACGAGGAAUGCCUCUGAGAGAGUCUGCCUUCCCUAAUGGCUUCGUCGAGGCUCUUCACGCCCUGGGAUGGGGCCUCAUCUUCCCCUGUUUCUGGUUCCUGGACCGUCUCAUUGCCGUGUGUGUGUCCAUCACGCCGGAGCGCAGGCGGAGACUGGAGGAAGAGUGCUACCUCCACCCUCUCGAGGUCUUUUUUGGCUUCUUGCUCUUCCUCCUCCUGUUCAUCAUCUCGGCGCCGUUCGCUUUGCUGGGUUUCCUGUUGUGGGCACCACUCCAGUGCGCUCGCCGUCCCUUCUCUUACAUGCGGCGGGAGGUGACGAUUAAGCUGCAGGACCGGAACGCCGGAUGGGAGGAGUCUGGAAAGGUGACGUUUGUGCUUUUAAGUGCUAAUGUGUGCCUCCUGCCCGGGGGCCUGGCGCGCUUUAAUAACCUAGCUCACACGCAGCAGCGGGCGCUCCUCAUCGGACGCAACAUCGUCCAGGGCGUGAGCCGGCCGCAUAUCCGCAUUUUCGUUGACUCGCCAAGUAGCUGCGGAGCCUUGAGCCCGUCCUCCAGCCUACUGAAUGCUGGCUCCGCCUCCUACGGCACCGUUAACGCUCAGACACAGCCGGCAACACAGGAACAGGAUGGAGACGUUUCUAAAAAUUCACCGACAGAGGAACAAGCCAUGGAUGCUGAUAAAGAAAACCCGCAAAAGUCCAGUGAUGGUGCCGUGGCGAGCAAUCACACGCACGAACUCCAAGUGAACGGGAGCCACGUGAAGCCUUCACGAGCGUUACACACACCCCUGGAGGUCUCAGCUCUGUUUCCUGCCAAUGUGGACAUCCUGUGCCUGCAGGAAGUGUUUGAUAAGAGGGCGGCGGCCAAGCUGGCUGAGGUUUUGUCUCCGCUCUUUGGUCAUAUCCUGUAUGACGUGGGCGUGUACGCCUGCAGCUCCGGCUCUGGCUUCAAGUUCUUCAACAGCGGCUUGUUGGUGGCCAGUCGCUACCCGGUGAUGGAGGCGCAGUACCGCUGUUUCCCCAAUGGACGAGGAGAGGACGCUCUCGCUGCUAAGGGCCUUCUCUCUCUGAAGGUACAAACAGGAUUGGAGAAGGGAGAGAAGAAGCUGGUGGGGUUUGUUAACUGCACUCAUCUUCACGCUCCAGGAGGAGAAGGAGCGGUUCGAUGUGAGCAGAUGGACAUGAUCACCAAGUGGAUCGAGGAGUUCCAGACCACCAGCAGGCAGCCGGACGAGGCGGUGGUGUUUGACCUGCUCUGUGGAGACUUCAACUUCGACAACUGCUCUCCAGAUGAUGAUCUGGAGCAGAAGCACACCCUGUUUAAUGACUACACGGAUCCGUGCAGAGCCGCAGCGGGACGAGAGAAACCCUGGGCUAUAGGGACUCUGUUACAGCAGCCCACGCUGUACGACGAGGACGUGAACACUCCUGAUAAUCUGCAGAGGACUCUGGAAAGUGAAGAGUUGCGUAAACUGUUCUUGGCACCUCCUGUCCCCCGGGGCGACACCCCUCUUGAGUACCCUGAACCCGGGGAGGCCUGGGUGGGCCGCCGCAUCGACUACCUCCUCUACAGAGAGAGCACACUAACUGACCGCUGCCACACGGAAGUUGAGGAGUUUACGUACAUCACUCAGCUGGCUACUUUAACAGAUCACAUCCCCGUGGGUCUGAGACUCGGCGUCACGCUCGACUCCUCAGGCUCUUGAGCUUGAGCACACACACACAUGGGCACACAUACACGGACACACACACACACAGACACGCGCACACACACGGACACACACAUACACACGCACAAACACACACACAGACGCGCACACACACGGACACACACAUACACACGCACAAACACACACACACAUGGACACACACAUACACACGCACAAACACACACACAUGGGCACACACACACGGACACACACGCACAAACACACACACACAGACAUGCGCUCACACACGGACACACACAUACACACACACACAAACACACACACACUUCACACACUGCUGCUGUUCCAGGUCAGGGGAAUAAAAUGUCCAAUGUUUUAUAUAUCAGUAGCUAAAUCCUGAUUCUCUGUGAUUUUAUCUUUAUCAGGUGAGAGUUCUGUUGGGUCUGACGUUAUAAAGACACCUUCAUGGUUUGGGAUUUAUAAAUAUUAACUGAAUGAAAUGAAAUGAAAUGAAAGUUUUUGCACUCCUGCAGCAUGGAAACUGUAUUAAAGUCCUUACCUCCUGCAUGGUUUAGAAUCCACUAAGAGGCACAGACUUCAACUGCAAUAAAACACCUUUUCUUAUUUAGGGUUUUUGCUUUUUUUUUCAUGCACUCUUUGAUGAUUGAUGUAAACUAUUUUAAUAAAAUGUGACACUU